AUGUCUCGCCUUGGCAAUAUUCCCGAUGCAUCUCUGGUUCUGCCUCGUGCUCCUAAUUGUCAGCAUUGUGGAGCAAAAAGGUUCCAUUUGGAACCUCCUUCCUUUUGCUGUUCAGGAGGAGAGAUCUCUAUCGUUGCUCCUCCAAUGCCUUACGAUUUGAAACGUUUAUUCAUUGGCAACAAUGAAGAGAGUGCUCACUUUAGAACCAUUGUUCGCACUUAUAACAACAACCUUGGCUUUACAUCUUUUGCCGCAAAGUAUGACUCUGAAUUAACAAAGAACACAAAAGGUGUCUAUACCUUCCGUGUUCAAGGUCAGGUUUACCACUUUCUUGAUGGUCUUGUUCACUUAGGUGAUCGACCAUCUGGAAUCCAAUUAUAUUUUUUUGACACUGCUGAGGAAUUAACAAAGAGGCUUCGUAACUCAGAUAAACUACGCGAAAGCACUUUAAAAUUGCUUAUGCGCGUUCUUUCUGACAAUCCUUAUGCUCGGUUCUUUAAAGGCCUUAGGGAUGUUCCACUCCUUGACAACCUGAACAUUAUCCUUAAUUGUUAUCCUUCACAUGACCAGCGAGUAUAUAACCUUCCCUCAGCCUCGCAAGUAGCAGCUAUAUGGACUGAAAGUGAAGAUCAGUCGUCCGAUAGGCACGCUCAUAUUCAGGUUUAUUCUCGCUCGGCUGGUAGCCAUAGGAUUCAACAUUACUAUGGCUGUUACGACCCUUUACAGUACCCUCUCCUUUUCCCUCGUGGUGAGUGUGGCUGGCACCAUGGAAUUAAAAGACUUUGCAAGAGGAAAAGAGGAGGGGACGCUUGUGAGGAUGAUAUUAACAUUGAUCCAACUUCAGUUAACUCCUCAUCGGAGUUAAUCGAUUUAGAACAAAGAGCUGCUGACCGAGGAAAAACAGAGGAAGGUACUGUAUCUGCUAGGGAGUACUACUGUUAUAGGUUCCAAAUAAGGGACGAUGAUGAGUCAAUGCUGUUACACACUCUUAGGCUGCUACAGCAGUUUUCAGUUGAUGCUUAUAUUGCUGCUUCUAAGGUUGGUCGUAAGGUCAUUCUUCCAGUUUCCUUUAUAGGUGGUCCCAGGGAUAUGAGGCGUCGUUACCUAGAUGCGAUGGCACUCCAUGGAAAGAAAUUCAAGAAAAAUUGGAAAUACCAUGAAAAACCUCAGGAUCGGCCAGACCUUCUUGCUAGAGUUUUUAAAGCCAAGUUUGAAAUGCUUAAAGCAGAAAUUCUGAAUAAGCAGAUCUUCGGCGAGGUUUCAGCGUGUGUUUACGUGAUUGAAUUUCAGAAACGCGGCUUUCCUCAUGCCCAUUUAUUAUUAAUCUUAAAACCUGGUCAUAAGCUGCUUAAUCCAGAGUCGUACGACAAAGUAGUUUGUGCUGAGUUGCCCGACAAAGAUAGAUAUCCUCACUUGUAUUCUCUUGUUGUGAAACAUAUGAUCCAUGGUCCUUGCGGAGCCAUGGAUACAUCUUGUCCUUGUAUGAGAGAUGGAACCUGCAAAAAUCACUAUCCAAAGAGCUUUUGUUCUCAGACGACUCAUGGUGAGGAUACCUAUCCGUGUUAUAGGAGAAGGGAUGAUGGCAAAAGAGUGAAGGUCCGUAGAUUUACUCUUCAUAAUAGGUGGGUUGUGCCUUACAACCCUUACCUGCUUGCUUUAUUUGAUUGCCACAUCAAUGUCGAAAUUUGUUCUACUCUUAAGCUUGUGAAGUACUUGUAUAAGUAUGUUUUCAAAGGACACGAUCAAGUGAGCUUUAAGAUUAUUUCCUGUGCAUCAGCGGAUGCUAUUGAUGAAAUAUGA